UUUUUCAAGCCAUCUUGACUGAAUAUUUAGCCUCAUCCAAGGUACAUUUAUUAGAUUUAUACUGGCUUCUGCUGCCUCAAAGUCUGGACUUGAACACCGUUAAAAAUGUUAAAAUCACAGCAGCGUGAGUGGGUCGAGUUCGGACUCCCGACCGGACUGGACGGAGCGAUAUGAGGCGCUGAAGAUGACGCUGUCUCUUGAAAUUACCGGCCAGCUAAGCUAACGGCUACGUGGUUGCUACCGACCACUAGCUGACAUAUUGCUCGGGUGUUUUCCCCGCUCGGCUCGGACUGUGGAGGACGGUUUUACGAGGGAGCUGAGGCACACUCCCAUGCAGGCAGGAAGGAGUUGGGAAUGUGACACAGUUACUCAAGGACCAGACAUGGGACGGGGCCGUGGCAGAGGGAGAGGACGGGGCAGGGGCUCCUCCGGCCAGUUCCGCCCCCCCUCUCCCUACAGGCUGCAGCUCUCCCCCUCCAGGGAGACCUUGACUUAUGCCCAGGCACAAAGAAUUGUGGAAGUGGACCUUGAAGGAAGGCUUCAUCGAAUAAACAUCACAGACCACCUGCCCGUCAUCACCGAGGACGAGAUGAUGGCUCAGGACAUUGCGGAGUGCAACAGCAACAAAGAGAACAGCGUGCAAACCCAAAGUAAAAACAAGUCCUACAAAAAGCCUCCAAACAGCAAAAUGAAGAAGAGUAAAAAUGCGUCUCAUCAGAAUGGCCAGUCGGACUCGCAGCACCAGACUGGAUCUGCUCACAACUUCCAGCACCAAAGCUGUCUUCCUGAAGCCACUUUCCGUUUGCUGGGAUCCGUUUCGCCUUCGGAGGCGCCUCCUCUUCCGACAAAAUACUAUCGUUUUAUUGAGAAGUCUGGUGAGGAACUGGACAAAGUGGCGGAGUACGACAUGGAUGAGGAAGACCUGGCCUGGCUGGAGAUGGUGAACCAGAAGAGAGUCUGUGAUGGACACGCUUCUGUGUCGCCGGAUACUUUUGAACUGCUGAUUGAUCGCCUGGAACGGGAGUCGAUCCUGGAGUCCCGGAGCCAGGCGCUGUCCCAAAGUGCUGUGGAUGAGGAUGCCUUCUGCUGCGUCUGCCUGGACGACGAAUGUCUGAACAGUAACGUCAUUCUGUUCUGCGACAUCUGCAACCUGGCCGUGCACCAGGAGUGCUAUGGUGUGCCAUACGUUCCCGAGGGCCAGUGGCUGUGCCGUUGCUGCCUCCAGUCACCCUCACGCCCUGUCGACUGUGUGCUCUGCCCCAACCGAGGAGGUGCCUUCAAACAGACAAGUGACGGGCGCUGGGCUCACGUCGUCUGUGCCAUCUGGAUUCCAGAGGUGUGCUUUGCCAACACCGUGUUCUUGGAGCCCGUGGAGGGCGUCAAGAACAUCCCCCCUGCUCGCUGGAAGCUCACCUGCUACCUGUGUAAGCAGAAAGGCCGGGGAGCAUCCAUUCAGUGCCACAAAGCCAACUGCUACCGGGCCUUUCACGUCACGUGCGCGCAGAAGGCUGGACUGUAUAUGAAGAUCGACCCGAUCAGGGAGACCGGUGUCAACGGUACAACCUUCUCUGUGAAGAAGACUGCUUUUUGUGAACAUCACUCCCCUGUGGGAUCUCGAAGGGAUGGGUCCAGUGACGAGUCCGUAGAGGGCAGGUUGGUUGGUGGGAGGGGGAACCGGGGAAUGAGGUCCUACACCCAAACCUCCCCGACGCCACCCAACAAGAAAGCUGCCAAAGGCCAGAAAAAGAAGUCCACAAAAGCCGGUGGCUCAUCUCGUCGCUCAGCUGUGCCUGUGCUGCUGGUGCCUCAGAUCCCCUCUCACAGGCUAAACAAGAUCUGCACAGGAGUGGAGGUCCAGCGGAAGAAUCAGUUCAUGCAGCGUCUUCACAACUACUGGCUACUGAAGCGACAGUCUCGGAAUGGGAUGCCGCUGAUACGGCGACUGCACUCGCACAUGCAGGCCCACAAAACUGCAGAGCAGAGUGAGCCAGAUGAGAAGCUGUGUGCGGCCAGGGAGGAGCUGCGGUACUGGCAGAAGCUGAGGCAGGACUUGGAACGAGCCCGGCUUUUGGUUGAACUUAUCCGGAAGAGGGAACGACUAAAGAGAGAACAGGUGAAAGCACAGCAGGCUGCUCUGGAACUGGAGCUUACCCCAGCACUGGUUCUUCUGCGAUCAACACUGGACCAGCUACAAGAAAAGGAUACUGCCAAGAUCUUCUGUCAACCUGUCAAUCUAUCUGAGGUCCCAGAUUACCUGGAGUUUGUGUCCCAGCCCAUGGACUUCUCCACCAUGCGAGCUAAGCUGGAAGGACAUGCCUACUGCUCCAUCUCAGACCUGGAGAAGGACUUCAACCUCAUGAUCUCCAACUGCCUCAAGUACAACUCCAAGGACACCCUGUUCCACCGCUCAGCCCUGCAGCUGCAGGAGGUGGGUGGAGCCAUCCUCCGCCACGCCCACAGGCAGUCUCAGACCAUCGGCUUGGACCCCGGCACCGGCAUGCACCUGUCGGAGUCCCCAAACAAACAUGGCUUCUACAACUGUUCGUGGGAUGAUGUCGACUCUCUUCUGGACCCCGAGAACAGACUCCACCUGACCACAGACGAGCAGCUGAAGGCUCUGCUGGACAAGAUGGACGUGGUUGCAUCCAUGCGUCCCAGCGGCGGCCGAACCAAACGCAUCCGGCUGCUGCGCAGGGAGAUCAACACUCUGAGGCAGAAGCUGAACCAGCAGCAACAGCAGAACGUCCAGUCGGUCAACGGAACUGAGGAGCAGGAGGAAGGUGGUGAAGAGGAGGAGAAGACGAAGGAGGAGGAGGAGCGGGUGGUGCGGGAAGAGGUCAAGGACAAGAAAAAGGGAAAAGCAAAAGUCAUGAAUCUGAAGGUGCCCGACUCCACGCCAGAUGACUCUCCCCCAGUGUUGGAACUCACCUGCCCAGUGUCCUCUCCCCUGCCUGGAGACGCCCCACUGGAACCGCCGGUGCUAGGCAUCGUAACGGGCGGACGGAGGUCACCGGGGAGAUCGUACAAGCGCCAGAGGUCGUCACGCAGCGGGAGCAAAAGCCAGGGAGAAGAGGAGGCUAAAGUUGGCGAGACCCCUUCCUCACAACCAGAGUCCAUCCAUGAGGUUACGCCCCUGGGAACACCACCAACACCACCCUUGACCGGAGUCGGCCGCCGCACCUCUGUUCUGUUCAAGAAGGCGAAGAACGGCGCUCGCAUCAGCAAAGUCAAAUCUCCCCCUCAGCAGAACGGAAAAGCGCCCGAAGAGAAAGCCACCGUGGUGGAGAACACCUCCGUCUGCCCGGAUUCCCCGUGUGCCAUGAACAAUUUGCCUCCGACACCAAACGCCUCCCCCACACCUCCCUCCCCGUCCUCACACCACCUGAGGUCCCGAGGGCAGAGUUCUGAGAGCGACGCGGACAAACUCCCAACACCACCCAGAGAAACAGACUUGACCAACGGGAAACACAUGUCUCCGGGGCAAGAUGAGGAUGAGGACCACGAUGAUGACCGGAAACUAGAUGACAGUGUCCCGCCUCCCAAGCGGAGCCGUGGAAAACCCGCUCUGGCAAAGGUUCCUGACAGUGAGACCGAAGACGCCUCCAGCUCUGGAACGUCCACGCUACUUUGUUUGGACAACCAGACGGAGCUCACGCCUCUGGACCUGGUUUGGGCAAAGUGCCGAGGGUAUCCGUCGUAUCCAGCCAUGAUCGUUGACCCAGAGAUGCCCCAGGAAGGGCUUCUUCACAACGGCAUCCCCAUCCCCGUCCCUCCUGUGGAGGUGCUUAAACUGGGCCAGUGGAGACAAAGUGAAGCCGGGGGAAAGCUCUUCCUGGUUCUCUUCUUCGACACCAAAAGGACUUGGCAGUGGCUCCCCAGAGACAAGCUGCUGCCCAUGGGCCUGGACGACACGGUGGACAAGCUGCGGCUGAUGGAGGGAAAGAAGCCCAGCGUCCGCAAGUCGGUCCACACCGCCUACGACCGAGCCAUGGUGCAUUUGAACCACGUCCGGCGCAAUCUCAACUUCACCCCAUCCAAUUUUAUAUGACUCGACCUUUCCUCAGCCAUUUGCCUGGUGACGCGAACAAUCGUUGGCGCUCUUACAGCUGAGAAUUUUAACUUGUUUUUAGAAUUUUUUUUUUUUAAUGGGAAGGAAAAGUACAAUGUUUGUCGUGACAUUUUACAUGUCCACUGUUGCUACGUGUCGAUAUGAAGUUUUGAUUUGAGUCCAAAGUUAGUCGCCAUGUAAAUAUGUAAUCGUUAUAAUGGCGUUUGUGGAUUUACAAAAAAAACAAACAUAUUUAUAGAUUGUAUUUGCCAUUUUAAUGUUACUGUGUGUGAAGUUAGAAAGUCCCGCCUAAAACUCACCUCAUCUCCGGCUGCGUUUUGUGGUGCAAACAAGUCACUCCCUCAGAUAUUCUGUUUUAUAAACAGGUCUUUUUAAACGGAUGAAAGCUUUACAGUGUGUUCAGAUUACUGGCUCGCCCAUGCCGCCGUGCAGCUGCCGUGUUUUCUAGGUGGGACUUUGUAGAGUCUUUAUUUUUCCAUAUUGUGAAACUGUUGAACACUAGCAGAAUCCGGUGCAGCUCAGACCUUUGUAUGAUUCUAAGCCACUAUGGUAACAACCACUCACUCACCGAUAAGAGUCGCAAUUCAAGCUGAGACAGCGCAAAAAGCACAAACUGUAUCUUGAAAUCCAUCAAUUUUAGUUGCCGACCACUGGAGUGGCAAGUGUGUGUGUGUGUGUGCUGGAGCGAGUGAGUUAUUUACAUGUAUGUAAACCAACUGUAGUCUGUGUGUGUGUGUGUGUGUAUAGUUCUGUAAAUAUGUACAUUGAUGUUUAUAUCUGCUUACAUGAAGUAAUUUAAGGAAUGCAAAAAUCAAAUUUAGAUUUUAAUUUAUAACUUGUGGCAGUUGAGAGUCAUUUAAAAAAAAGUAAACAGACAGAUUUACGUACGACGCUUUGUAACUGUUGCGAUCUUCACCAGCGUGUGAGAAGAGGUUGCGGACAAGUGUCAGCUGGUUUACGUCCCCUGCUGGUCACAGACAUGUACUGCAAGGUCUUAGGCCGAGCCGAAGACUCUCUCACGGAAUAAACGCUGUUUGAAGAAGUUUGG